GUCGCAAUUACGUCAACUUAAAAUAAUGCUCCUAUUCAGAUGCUUCCCAAUCAAACAGCCGCCAUGGAGAUAUAAAUCAUAAACUAACUUCCAUUUGCAAAUUGUCCCUCAACCUUCAGCUCCUCUGUGACUUAACAAUGGCAGAUCCUAAUUCAGACCCUUAUGGCUAUUUGGGAUUGGCGCCAAAUCCAGACGGCUCAAUCACUCGCGUCGCCGAAAUGCCAACAACUCGGGCCUCAGCUGAUCCAGGCCACCCAUUUUACGUCUCCAAGGAUAUUCCGAUCAACCAAUCAAAAGGCACCUGGGCUCGAAUUUUCGUUCCCCGUCAAGCUUUCGAUUCUUCCCCCGCCAGAAAACUGCCUCUCGUUAUUUACUUUCACGGAGGAGGUUUCGUUGUUUGCAGGGUCAACACAUCUUUAUUCGACUCCUUGUACAAUGAAAUAGCUGCCGGAACGCCGUCAGUUGUUGUCUCCGUUGGUUACCGUUUGGCGCCGGAGCACCGUCUUCCGGUGGCAUACGACGAUUGUGAGGAGGGGUUGCACUGGCUGAAAUCCUGCAAGGACGAAUGGCUAACGAAAUAUGCCGAUUUUUCCAAGAGUUUCCUGAUGGGCACCAGCGCCGGCGGUAACAUCGCUUACCACGUGGGGCUACGCGCCGCCGGCCGCGCUGAUAAUCUGAAGCCUAUUCAGAUCAAAGGGAUAAUAUGUCAUCAACCCUUUUUCGGUGGGGUCAAUAGGAAUGGAUCGGAGUUGAGACUGGCCGACGAUAAGGUAUUUCCACUUGGUGUCAGUGAUCUGAUGUGGAAACUCUGUCUCCCAGUUGGCGUUGACCGAGACCAUGAGUACUCCAAUCCGGUUCUGAGUCUCAAAUCAGGACAUUUUGAUGGUAUCAAAGCAUUGGGAUGGAAGAUUUUAAUCACGGGUUGUGACGGUGACCCGUUGGUCGACCGUCAAAUCGAGCUUGCGAAGAAGCUGGAAGAGGAGGGUGUUCCGGUAACCGGAAUAUUUGACGAGGGUGGAUUUCAUGGGUUUGAUUCUAUUGAUCCAUCCCGAGUUACAGUUCUGUCGACGUAUCUGAAAGGAUUCGUAGAAUCUGUUAUCAAUUCUUCACCAAAAUGAAGAUGGCACUAUAGAAUUUCUAUUCCUUUCAUGAUUUACAGUUUUUCUUUUUUUUUUCCUCCCGGUUUCUCAAAAUUAAUUUAAUUACCAAACACAUUUGAUGAUAUUUGUAUUUUUCAUUUUUCUUUCAUCUUUCCUUCACAUAAUGAAAUAACAAUAUCUCAUUGCAAAGGAAACUGUGAUAGAUUGAACGUUUUGCUGUUGUCACUUGUGUAUAUUGCAUUGUUGCGC